GAAUAUGCACAAACACACCGGAAGUAGCUAUCAACAAUAGCAUCUCCCUUUUUAUCAAUUUCGUCGAUUGCAGAAUCAGCUGAAGACCACACAAUAUAUGCAAUAUAAACCACACAAACGACAAUAAGUUAGUUAUAAGGUUAACACUGCGCUAAUUGAUAACUAUUAACUCCUAUUAACGUAGCUAGCUACCGUUAGCUUGGUUGUAGCCAGUUAUGCUAAGCUAAGCUAAGCUAAGGUAAUGUUCAGUUUGUUUACAAGGCAGCGUUAACGGAUAAAACAUCAAACUAUGGACAACCUCGAGACACCAUACGAAGACGAGGCUUCAUUUAUUGAAUGCACGGUCUGUGAAAAAUCCAUCAGGGGUGAUACCUUGUACAAGAUACACCUGACUACACAAGGACAUUUAAAGAAAGAGGAUGCCCUUGUUGCUUCGGGGCUUGCUGUCAGACAUCACUACAUACCGGCAUUUAAGGACAUAUUACAAUAUCUGGAUUACAUGAAGCUUGAGGAACCCAUAAUUGGUUUGAACUAUUUGGACGAACUGCCUGGUAAUGAACCACAAGCAGGCCCCAGAUACACAUGUACGCUGUGUCGUCACAAUGCAAACCUACCGGAAAUGGUCCAUCAUGUGAUUGGACGUAAACACCGGCAGAAAUAUGUGGAACUGAAACGGCCAGACUUGGUGACCUGGAAUAAACAAUCCAUAAUAACCCACGGAGGAAAGAUCGUACGAGCCAGAGCAGAGAUAAUAGAGAGACAGGAUGGACGGGGAACUCCAAAUGUGGGACGUGUAGAGAUCAACAAGCUAAUCCCGAAAAGGGGGAUAGAAGGCCAAUUAAACAUCUCGAGAGUUCUCCCAAGGCAGAAGCAAAAUAUGGGCCGAAACAUCUCACAGCCCCAACGAGAUGUGCUGCCACACCCACCAGACCUCAAGGACUACCAGGAUCAGUACUCUCACCCAGGGAGGUAUCCUUCGCCCCUAUUCCGUCCAGAAGACCCUUACAUGUUGAACAGAGGCGGGCCGAUGUACCAGCAGGAGGACCCUCUCGGCCAAGACUGCAUGGAAGAGGAGCCGCAGAGGGCAGAUUACAGCGAGAGUGAUAUGUACAGACAAGAGUUAAUGGAUCCUGAUUAUGGUGAUGAUGAGUAUGAAGAGGAAUAUGUUGAAGAGCCACAAAGAAGAGCCGUACUGGAGCCAGGUGGUGAUCCCAGGUAUGAUCCAAGGGAGGAGAUGCCCCAUGGCGAGGCUCAGCAUAGAGAGUAUUACCCAGAGGAGGCUCCUUCUUACAGAAGGCCCUACGAAGAAAGAGAUCCACUGAAGGAGUUUUACACUGCGGAAGUUAGGAGGCGUGGGCAAGUUCGUUCUUCCGAGUACCCGCCCUCGCAGCCGGUGUUCCCAGAAGACGAUGAACAGCGGUGGUCUCUGGACAGGGAAUCUGGUAGACAUGACACUAUUAAUAGAGCAGGCAGGCAGGGAUCGAGUGAUCCAGUGGCCAAUAGGAGGAGCUUUCCAACACCUAUGGAGAAUAACCGGUCACGUGAUGGCCAGAUGUUUCACAUAAUUAAAGAUUAUCGUCAUCAAACAAGAGAACCACAUCAAGAAGAGGCAGUUGCCAACCCUGGGCCGAGCAGAAUAGGACCCCCUGCCUCCCAGAGACGAGUGGAAGCUACCAGGGCCAUGUCUGAUAUCCCAGAGCCAUUCAGGCGUUUCCUGACAGGUGCCGCUAAUGAUCGGGGACAAGGUAAAAGAAAAAGAAAGAGUCGCUUCUCUGAUGCCACUGCAGCAGAGGUGGAAACAACAAAGGGGAUCUUCGAUGACGAGUAUGGACCUCCACAUCCGAAGUUUGCCGGUCGUCCUAGACCAGUUAGUGAACCGUUGAGACAUCCUGACCGCUACAUAGAAUCACAGAGUCUGCAUCAUACUGAAGGCUACCAAAGAGAAGGCUCUGAGUCGAGGGGAGUCUUUGAUAUGCUGAAAAAUGUUGAAAUAGAAAAUGCAGAAGAGGCUGACUUCCUGAAGAGCAAACUUUGCAACCUUCUGAAAGAAUUCAAGACCAAAAAAUCGGAGAAAGCUGUGGAACAUAACCAUGGUCGAGCAGCCUACACAGACAACAACAGCUUCAGCCCGGACCUAGAGCUGUCUCCGAGACACCAGUAUGACACAACCCGCAGAGAAGAUUCAGACCACAGGCGACCAGAAGACCUCUUCUUUAAAGACAAUAACAGAGGAAGAGGCUGGCAGCAGCAUGAGCAUAUACCUGACAAGCAUCUCCAAGAAUACCACCAUCCUGUACGUGGGGAACCCAGACAGUCAAACAGAAGCCGAUAUGAAGAGGUUUUUGGGCGGCACAGGAUGUCUCCGUCGCCACCUGAUACCCAUCUAGACGACCCAACACGUUAUCCUGAAAGGUUUCAGGAACCCAUGCGCCCUCGUGACUACCCACCUGCCGACGAUGGGUUUUUAGACUCCCACUCUUCUGCACCUCCGCUCCACAUGCAACGAGGAGUCAGGAUGGACCGGGGCCCUCGGUACUCCAACAACCUGGACAAAAUCACCUCCACCCUCCUGGAACUUGUGGCAAGGAAAUAAUUCCAUAGAAGUUCUGUAAACUAAAUGUCCAUAUUUUUAAUGGGGUACUUUGGAUUUACAACAUGAUUUUAUAUUAAAUUUCCAUCCGCGUCAUUUGUAUAUUAGGUUAUUUGCUUUUAGACAUUUGUGAAUAUGGUUCUUGAAAAAUGUGUAUAUUAAAACGUGGCUACUGCAGCUGUCAUGUCUUUCAAUUCUUUAUAUUACUGUUAUCAGCUGCAAGUAGCAAUAUUGUUAUUGCGAUAUUAGUCUUUAACUGUGCAGCAAAUGUAAUUACAGGUAAUUAAAUCAAACAUAAUUUAACUGUUUGUGAAUUAUGUGGUCCAAUGUAGGACUUUAAUGAAAACAUUUUGGUACUAAAUCAAUCACAUCAGCUCUACGUAUUGUUAUUAUGAGCAGCAGCAGCAUUCAUAUAUUUUACUGUAACACAGUGUAAUUGGACAUUGGUGAAUAUAUAUCAUUCAACUGACUGACAUUAAGUGCCGCAUUAAAAUUCCUGCAAUUAUAUUUUUACUAGUUUGCUUAUGUUUCACUGUGACUAAUAAUACUUUGGGAGUUAAUAUAUUAAUCAUAGCCCCUGGUUAAUUCUACUAAACCCAAGUUUUUAUACAGUCAAAUUACCAAA